UUGAACGAAUUCUCGGGUUCCACACUGCAUUUACUUCCGUCAAUAUUUCCAGCACAGCACUGAGAGAGAGAAAAAGACCACAAAGGAACUACUCGGACAUUAAGGUGUUCACCGUGGCUUCGACUCUUCUCGGCUCACAGUCCUGCCUUCCCCAGUUAAUAUGCCUUUCUUGGGCAAAGACUGGAGGUCGCCUGGAUGGAGCUGGACAAAGACAGACCGUGGGUGGAAGAGGAUCGUUUUCUUUGGUCAUGAGCUGGAGGAUAACAACAAAGAUAUAGACCUAAAAGAGCUCUGCAGUGACAACAAUGAGAAUCUGUUUGUUGGAGAAGUGUGUGAGCUCGCCAACACCAAGAGGAAGAAGGAGUUCUACAAUAAUAACACCAAAUCCCAGUUUGUUUUCAGAGAUAAAUGGAUCUACGUGCAGAAAGGAAGCACGAAAGAACGACAUGGCUACUGCACUCUCGGGGAGGUUCUCAACCGAUUAGACUUUUCCAGUGCCAUCCAAGAUUUGCGAAGAUUUAACUAUGUUGCAAAGCUUUUUCAGCUGAUAGCCAGGUCUCAGUUAACAUCUUUGAGUGGAGCUGCCCAAAAAAACUAUUUCAAUAUACUGGAGAAGAUUGUACGAAAAGUCCUUGAGGACAACUAUAAUCCACGCCUUGUUAAGGAGCUUCUGCAGGACCUGAGCUCCACACUCCACAGUCUGACCAUCCAUUUUGGCAGGUGUGUCCUCGUGGGCAACGUGAACAUCUGGUUGUGUCGCCUGGAGACCAUUGUUAAAUGGCAACAGGAGCUCAACAACAUGCAGAUCCCAAAGCAAUUGUACACAGGGAUGUCUUUCAACGACCUGCCGCUGCACAUGCAGAACCAAAUCCUCUGUAAGUUAUCCGACGCCUGUGACAUCAUCAACCUGGGUCAGGCCACGCCUACGUUGCACAUCCUCAGUGAGAAUAUGACGCUCUGGAAGAAACUCUGUCAGUUUCACUUCUCAGACAAACCGUUUUGUAGGAAUUUGGGUCUAACCAGGAGUGACAAUGUGGACUGGAAGCUGAUGUACUUCACCCUGCAGAAGCACUACCCCAUGAAGGAGCAGUACGGCGACACAUUGCACUUCUGCAAACACUGUAGCACCCUCUUCUGGAAGGAUCGCCAUGUGGCUUUGUUCCUCAAGGACUUUGGCCACCCGUGCACCUCCAAUGAUCCGGACAGCUGCCUGAUGCCCAUUUCUCCGCAGCACUUUAUCGACCUCUUCAAAUUUUAAACCUUCCACGUUGUUCUCCAACACAACGUCCGUUACUCUCUUUCUGUGUGUGUGUGUGUGUGUUUUUUUAAACCCCUGGUUGUUGUUUACCCAAA